UAGCUCUCGCUUAAAGAUGUCCCCAAAAAGUCUUCUCAUCACCGGUGCCAACCGCGGAAUCGGACUCGGUCUUCUGAAGCAGUUCCUCAAGCAUAAGGACAUUCAAAUUAUCAUUGCCACGUGCAGAGAUCCUUCAAAGGCUGAGGAGCUCAGCAACCUUAAAGACUCUCGUCUACACAUUUUGCCAUUGGACAUUGAUUGUGACGAGUCAAUCAGCAAACUGUACGCAGAGGUUGAAAAGCUGGUUGGCGAAGACGGUCUAACUGUUCUUCUCAACAAUGCUGGCAUUCUGCUCCCUUAUGAUGUCGAAGGAGAAAAGAACCGUAAAACAUUGAUCCGUCAGCUUGAGACUAAUUCCGUCUCAACUGCACUCAUCACUCAAGAAUUUCUCCCAUUGCUCAAAAAAGCUGCAGCCAAGAAUGGAGGAGAUGGUUAUUCAAUUAACCGAGCUGCAAUUGUUAAUAUUUCUUCUACUGCCGCAUCAGUUGAGAAGAUUGAUGGAACCUUCAACGGACCGCUAGUUGCCUACCGUAUGAGCAAGUCGGCUCUGAACUCUUUUGCCAAAUCCUGUUCAAUUGAUCUCGCCAAGUAUCAUAUCUUGGUCACCUCAUUCUGCCCAGGAUGGGUUAAAACUGGUAUGGGAGGUGCAAAUGCAAUGCUUGAGAUUGAAGAUGCUACGAAGACCCUCUCCGACAACAUUCUCACCCUCGGAAAUGCCCAUCACGGAGCAUACCUCAACGCAGACCUCACUGUUAUUCCAAAUUAAAUUCUUGUUCAAAAUUGUUAAUAAAGCUGUUUUCAUU